CGUUCCAUGGCUACUACUACUUCCGGGUCAGCUUCGUUCCAUGCAAUGACAUUGUACCAAACAUUUACACAAUCUAUACGGGGAGUGUGUCUGUUCACGUUGUUGCUGUACAUUUUUAUGAAAGACAACGUUGACCGACAUAGUUUUACAAUAUGACACCAAUGUCGACGGGAUUCACUGAAGAGCGACAGGGCAAAGCACAGAGUCCUGUAGGAAUGGAUUACAUCCCCACAGAAGAUGAGAGGAGAGUCUUCAGAGAAUGCAACCAGGAGAGCUUCUUGUACAGAUCCGUGCCCUUCUCAGUGGUCAGCAUGCUUGUCACUCAAGGCCUCAUCCAUAGAGGAGCUCUGACGUCGUCGUCCAGGUUUGGAUCCCUCCCUAAAGUGGCCUUUGCGGGGCUGUGUGGCUACCUGGCAGGGAAGAUGUCGUACAUGAAGCAUUGUCAGGAGAAGUUCAAGAGGCUGGAGCACUCCCCUCUGGGAGAAGCACUGAGACAGAGGACCAGACCCAACGCACAGUCGUCUCAGGGCCCCCAGUCAGAGAUGAGUGACCCCGACCAGGUGACCUUUGACCCCAUGUUCCAGGCCUCUGACCCCCAGAGCCAGGUCCCACCCGACGCCAGAGACUAUGGAUACAGUGACGCCCCCACCCCAGCAGCACAGACCAGCCGCACCGCUGCAGACAUCGACUACAACAUGCCAGCCCAGUCGUUCCUGGAUGACGAGGAACCCAGGAGGAAGCCCAUCAUGUACGAGCACCUGAGGAACAAGAACCGAGAGAACUAUGAGGUCACGCUUACCCAGAAGGCUGAGACGCUGCUCAAACCAGAGCCUGGCCGGCAAGAGAGGACCGCCCCCAAGAUGGACGCGGGGAAGAAGAAUGUCUACGGAGACAGCUGGGAGGAGGAGUGAGUCUCUCCAUCCCACCUCGUCAUCUGUUAUCACUGGCAGUGCUGAUUGCGCAACGAUACCUACAAAACCCCAUGUGGUUGCUUUGCUAUGAUUUAGGUCUCAAUUUAUUAAAUGGGAGAAUCUCAAUUGCUUUUCCUUGUUUCCUCUCUCCUCGUCUUCUCAAAACCCAUUGGAUGAGAAGGUCAGAGGGCAGGCAGGUAGCCUAGUGGUUAAGAGCGUUGGGCCAGUAACCGAAAGGUGAAAAAUCUGUCUGUGCCCUUUAGCAAGGCAUUUAACCCUAAUUGCUCCUGUAAGUUGCUCUGGAUAAGAGUCUGCUAAAUUACUAAUGUUUUUUUAUUUAUUUUUAUUAGGGACCUGCCGAAUGCGAGGAAUUAAGGAAAUGCAAUUGAGAUUCUCCCAUUGUCUGUCUGAUUCUGUCUUUUGAAAACAUGUCAAUAAACCCAAUAGGUUUUCAGAAUGCGUAA